AGCGAGAGGAUGGAGUGAGUGAAAUAAAGCCACGCUUCUUAUAUCUCACAGCAACUAUUUUGUGAUCUGGCGGGAGGAGGUGGUUUGGGACCACUGCGUGAUAUUACGAGAAAAACCUGUGCUAGUUCAUGGUGGCAGUAGAAAAAACCAGCAGCCCUAUCCGUUUUUACGCACGCCGCGUUCCAGUGAAGGCAGCAGCAGUUCAGAUCAGAUUUCACACUCAGCUCCGACCAGCUGAGAGAGACACAGCCAGGGAGCGGGAGGGCUCGUUUCUCCGCUCCCCCCCCCCGAUACCCCACUCUCUGUUCGGCGAGCGCCAGAAAAUACAUCGGUCGAGGAGCACCGGGUGCGUGGCGCAAAUCUUGAAGCGCCACCGGGAUUUUUUUUUUUUUUUUUUUGCCCCAUCCUUUUUUUCUUUUAUGUAUUUUUGCAGGAUUUCAGCAGCGAGAGCGCCACAGAGAAAUAGAUAGAGGGAAGAAGCGAUGGACGAGCAGCCGAGGUUGAUGCACUCUCACACGGGGGUAGGCAUGGCAGGGCACCCCGGCCUGCCGCAGCAUAUGCAGGAGGGCACCGGAGGAACGGACGGCGACGGGAGAAAGCAGGACAUUGGAGACAUAUUACAGCAAAUUAUGACCAUCACAGAUCAGAGUCUGGACGAAGCCCAAGCCAGGAAACACGCUCUUAACUGUCACAGAAUGAAGCCAGCUCUUUUCAAUGUCUUGUGUGAAAUCAAAGAAAAAACAGUGCUGAGUAUUCGCGGCGCUCAGGAGGAGGAGCCCCCGGAUCCCCAGCUCAUGCGGCUGGACAACAUGCUGCUGGCAGAGGGUGUAUCUGGUCCAGAGAAAGGCGGAGGCUCUGCAGCAGCGGCGGCUGCAGCGGCAGCCUCAGGAGGAGCGGGGGCGGACAACUCCGCGGAGCACUCCGACUACAGAGCCAAGCUGUCCCAGAUCAGACAGAUCUACCACACAGAGCUAGAGAAGUACGAACAGGCAUGUAACGAGUUCACCACUCAUGUGAUGAACCUGCUGCGGGAGCAGUCACGCACACGGCCAAUCUCACCCAAAGAGAUCGAACGCAUGGUGAGCAUCAUCCACCGCAAGUUCAGCUCCAUCCAGAUGCAGCUCAAACAGAGCACCUGCGAGGCCGUCAUGAUCCUGCGCUCCCGCUUCCUUGAUGCCAGACGAAAAAGACGAAACUUCAACAAGCAGGCAACAGAAAUCCUGAACGAGUAUUUCUACUCACACCUCAGUAACCCCUACCCCAGCGAAGAGGCUAAAGAAGAGUUGGCAAAGAAGUGCGCCAUCACAGUGGCCCAGCGCCCAAGUUGUUUCUAUCCUGUGAGAAUUGAUAAUAAGGAAAGCAAUGACAACGCCAAGGUUUCCAACUGGUUUGGGAAUAAAAGAAUCAGAUACAAGAAAAACAUUGGUAAGUUCCAAGAAGAAGCCAACAUGUACGCUGCGAGAACUGCCGUGAAUGCGGCUAAUGCAUCCUCACAUGGAAGCCAAGCAAAUUCACCCUCAACUCCAAACUCUGCAGGUUCUGCUGGCUCUUUUAACAUGUCAAACUCCGGGGACUUGUUCAUGAGCGUGCAGUCUCUCAAUGGGGACUCGUACCAGGGGGCUCAGGUGGGAGCCAACGUACAGUCACAGGUGGAUACCCUUCGCCAUGUUAUCAGUCAGACAGGCGGAUACAGUGAAGGACUCACAGCCAACCAGAUGUACAGUCCACAGGGCAUCAAUGCAAAUGGUGGCUGGCAGGAUGCUCCGACCCCCUCAUCAGUGACUUCACCUACAGAAGGACCCGGAAGCGUUCACUCUGACACCUCCAACUGAUCCUCCACCCCUUCGCCCCUCUGUCCCCUGCUACCCUCUUUCCUCCACCACUGCCCACCCCCAGCCAUAUCUCCCAAAACUUAACCCCUGACCCCACUGGGACUGAACGUGACGUACUGUAUGUAGUCACACUGCGGGACACAUUUUUUUUGGGGGGGGUCUUGGAUGACGUUUUCACCAUUACGGACAAAAAUUUCACUUUUCCUGUUUGGACCACCGCCGCACCGUUAGCAGCCUGCGUAGGGGACUCAUAUCCACUCACAGUUUGUACAGUUUCCACUUGAUGUCCAUGUUGCCUCAUCGUAUUUCUCUUACAUUAUAUAUUCACACAUUAGGCACAGUUAGCAGAAUAUUGCCCCACGUCUUGUAAAUUGAAAUGCUUUCACACUACCUCUAUUCGAAACAACAACAGAGCAAACAACCUUUCAAAUGCUUCGGUUUUACGAAUUUUUAUAAUUAAUGGAAUUUUACUGUACACCACACCAUGCCCUGUCAUUACACCUCCUUCUUUAUUUGUACUCACAGAUUUUUUGGUUUAUCUAUAGUGCCAAAGUUCAACCCUGGAGGUGAAUUUUGAUAAUGUUAAAUCACAUGUUUUUAUGUCAUGUCCUUUCAUUUUUCAUGCCAUACUUUGUGAGGUAUUAAUAUGUUAGUCCAGUAAUAUUAGUCAGGUAAGAUCCAAGUAUUCAGCCUCAAUUAAUAUUGUUUGUAUUCAGAACUUCUUCAACAGACAGCGAAAUAUAAGGCAUUUUAUAUUUUAUUGCCAGAGUAGUAGGUUUUCUGCUCAGAUGCAGUACAAAAACACAAAGAAUUCACAAUUUUUACGCCAUCAAUUAACAAAUUGAGUGCAACGUACAAAGAGAGUUGUAGUUCUGUCACACGCAUCGGCUGCCUCAACAAUAUUCAAAGAAAAAUCAACCAGAAAGCCUGAAUCAAUGACAGCAUUAGCAGCAAUUAUGGCACGUCAAUAUGUAUUAAAGCACAAUAACACCUAAUGAUUUAACUCUAAGGGUAACUUUUGUGAAAGUCGAAGAGAAAACAAUACAGAGGAAAUUUUAAGAUAUAAUUAUAGUAGUCAUAUAAAUGGAAGAAACAGAGUGUACGUACAGUACAGCACCCGACAUCGUCAGUGUAUAUCAGUGAGAUCAAUAUAGCCAAAUACCGCUGGUAACCAAAUCCAAAACAAAAUUUUAAUUCUGAUUUCAAGGUAUCAUAGCAUUGGAAUUUAACACACUGUUUGUCUUUUCUCUGACUUGACGCUCACUUUUCAUUUAUGAAAUUACAUUGGUGUCUUGUUUCUGAGAAUGCGAUUGGACGUUUUGCACACGGAACCGUUUUUCGUGUUAAAUUGACUUAUUCCUCUCGAUAAGAAUUUUUCUACAAAGUACACAUCGUGUGCAAGGAAAAAAAAUCUUUCUCCGUGCUCAAAAUCUCCCAUCGCAUGCUCAGAACUGAGUCCCAAAUAUAACGGCAUAUGCAUUCAGAGCUGAACAACUUGAAGUUCCCGUAACCCCCUGUUCUCUGAUAACAUUAGAGAGAAUGUUUGAAAUAGAACACUUUUUGCUUUGUUUUAAAAUGACACUAAAACACUGCGUCCAACAACACAAACCAAUCCAAAAUGUGAAAUUAGAUUUGUGACCUUUGUUGUAUGUACAGUGUAGUAUGUGGUCUGACAUGUAUACAUGAUUACAGUAGUCCUCAUGAGAUAUCAGCAUUUACAUACUUUGAUACCAAAAAAUGGCAGAAUUUUUAUCGUCUUACAUUGGGAUCAGCUUUAUCAACAUUUUCUUUCUCCUCUUUUCAUAGGAUUUUAUUAUCUAUGGUACUAGUGAGCAGCUCAUAAUGCUCUAGUACACUGUAUUCAAAGCCAAAAAAUGCAGUUGGAAUACAUUAGUGUUUAUAUAAAUUAAAUGGAAAAAAUACCCUGAUGGCACACAAAUCCAGAUGAUGUUUGGAUAUAUUUUUAUGUCUCCAUUAUGUGAAUAACUCAUCAUUUUUUCAUAUUAUUUUGCUUUGCUACAGGACUUUUUCUUUUUUAUGCUACCAUUAUAUGUGAAUUAGCUAAAAAAAAAGCUCUAUAUACAGUAUGUAGAUAUGCACCUUUACUCUUCUUUUACAUCUUUGAACUUGGACAGUAGCCAUUUGAUCACAGCCUGGUGGAGUUCCUGUUGGAUUUAGGGUGAAAUCCUUCUUAUUAUUACUAGAUCACCGACAUAAGCCUGCCUCCAAGAUAGCUACUGUCCAAAUGAAGGUGACGUGAAAAGUUAGUGUUAACAUUGCCCUCUGGCAUUGUUUGUAACGCAACUGAACACUCUCAGAAAACAAAAAUUCAGUCCUGAGGUCCCAACCAGUCACAAAACAACCUGAAAACCCCAAGAGUUUUUUAGCAGUUGUCAGUGUGUUUGUAUUUAUUACAAAUGCAUGAAAUCGUGGAUGUUUCGGAGCUACAGUGUGGAAGUCAGCCACAGCAUGAUUAUACCAAACAAACUCAUUUGGAUCAUUAAGAGCGGCUCGUCCUCAGCUCACAUGCUCAGUCUUAAAGUCGAGGGGCCCAGCACCGUUGAAGUGAUACACAGACCCUGCCUCAGUGGAGUCUUCAGAAGUCAUUGGAGUGAAUUGACAGCACCGGCCAUGCAAGGCAAACACAAGGAUUGUUUUUUCCCCCCCUUAAAAAAAGGCUUAACUCUACUUUUCACAUUGCCUGUCGAAUAUUAUCGAAGCUUCAUGUAAUGAUGCUUUUUAGUUUUUGAAUAUAAAAGGAAAAGAGACAUGAAAAGAAAAAUGAACAAUUUGUAAAACAUAAAAUGUUUUAUUUGUUGCAUGUCUUUUUGUUCUUCAAUAAAAUAACGUACUGCAGUG